AUGCCAUUCCACAAACAAUAUGCUGAUGGAUCUCCACGACCACUCUUCCGAGGAUGGUUGCAUGGAGUUUGUACUCUCAUCUUUCUUCCACUUGUCUACAUGAACUGGGAUGACAUUCCAGCACCUGCUGCACCUGCAUUGAUUGCUAUCAGCUGCUUGUUUGUGUUUUCAAGUUUGGUACACUUGGUUCCUUGGAAGUCAUCAGCCCUGGAGCAAGCCAUUACUCGAGUAGACAAGUCUUGCAGCUUGGCUAUUUGUGUGGCUUCAUUCAUGGCUCCCCAGCUGUUGGAAAGUGAGGCAUGCAAGCCUGACUUUUCUUUCUCACUCCUGACAGUUGGAAUCCCAGUAGGGCUGUCAUUCUUUGGUGUCCUUUUUGGACUUGGUCCUAUUGCCUUUGCAAGCUGUGGUGUUGCAUUUGCAUCCGUCAUUUGGUUCUAUGGACUACAUGUGGCUGACACUGAGUUCUUCUACUGUCUGCUGGGCUGCACUCUGCUGUAUGCAUUGGGAUUCUACCUAUAUGCUAGCCAGGUGGGAGGACAUCAUCCCUUUUGGGGAUACCAUGAAUGGAUGCAUCUGAUUGACACCAUUGGCCUUCUUGUCAACACUCGAGCGGUCUUCGUGUUAAGUUCCUACACAGAUGAAAUCUGCAGUGCUGGAAGCACUGUUGCAGAAUCAGUUGUACAUUCAGGUCUGUUGAAUGAUCUGUCUUGGUUGAGUAUACAAUGA